GCUUAGACAACAGCACUUGCCGACCAGCAGCCCAGUUGAUAACAUCAUCGCACCCAGAGUUUCGGGAGAUUACCAGUACAAAACACAUCAUCAAAACAGAAUGUCGCACUUCACCGUCGUCGCCGUCCUUUUCGUCUGCCUUGCCAUUAUCCUGGGAGACCAAGGCGCCCAGGCUGCCGUUGCCAAGGUUCACCUGACCAAUCCCGAUCAUCCCGGCAAGUGUGUGCUGGACUCGAACACGAUCAUGUCGCCCGGACAGAAGGGCAAGCAGCCCAAUCACCCAUGUGCAGGUGUCGAGUGCCAUGAAGGUGGAAUGGUAACCAUCAGGACCUGUACGGCCGUUGCUCCGCCAAAGGGAUGCAAGCAGCGCGACUUCGUCAACACCAACCGCAACUAUCCCGAGUGCUGCGAGCGAGCCUACGAUUGCACCAAGCACAUCUAAAGCUAUCGUUACUCGAGUGUUGAUAGUUAAGUGCUAACCAAUGGAUAGUGGUUAUCCUUUUUUUUUUGUUUGUUUUUGUUUUAUUUAUUGUGUAUACUACAACAUAACAAUUAAAAUGUAAACGCUUAGCAAUACAAUUAAAUAAUUUAAUAGAAUCAUUAACAGAAAAUACA